AUGGAGUGCAACAAGGACGAGGCUGUGAGGGCUAAGCAAGUGGCAGAGAGUAGAAUGCAAAAUGGUGAAUAUGUAGAGGCACUGAAGUUUGCUAACAAGGCGAAAAGACUGUACCCUGAUGUUGAAAACAUUGCUCAGAUUCUUGCAGUCUGUGAGGUUCACAGUGCUGCAUUGAACAAACUCUAUAGGGCUGAAAUGGACUGGUAUGGAAUUCUUCAGACAGAGAAACUCUCGGAAGAAGCUGUCAUAAGAAAACAGUACAGAAAGCUUGCACUGUUACUUCAUCCUGAUAAAAAUAAAUUUGCCGGGGCAGAAGCUGCUUUCAAGUUGAUCGGGGAAGCCAAUGGGAUCUUGAAUGACCAAGCAAAGCGGAUUUUACAUGAUAUGAAAGUUAGAGCCCAUUUACAAGAGAUGAAAGUUAAAGCCCAUUUGAAAACUGCAGUGCCUAACACCUCAUCCCAUCACUCAAAUGGGAACAUGUUUGUUGCAAACCAAGCUCCAAAUGCAACAAAAUAUCAGAAAAAUGUUUCUUCAAAUAUCCCUUGUGAUCCCAAUCUGAAACUUCAGACAUUCUGGACAGCUUGCAAUCACUGUAAUACCAGGUUCCAGUUCUACAUAUAUAUUAAGAAUAGAGCCUUAGUCUGUCAAAACUGUAAGAAAAGCUUUAUAGCUUUUGGUUUAACUCCACAGACUACCACAUCAUAUGUACCAUUUGGUGCCUCGAAAGCGGUUCCAAUGCAGGUUCCACCAAAACCAGGCUCAACAAGUAAAGAUGGAAAUUCCCUCGGUGGUGGAAGUGCAGAUACUUUUGUUCGGUCAUAUACUCCAAGUAUGAAAACCUGUGCUACUGGAGUUGGUAAGGAACCUAAAGACGAAAAGAGUAAGGAACCUAAAGAUGGAAAGCGAAAGGAUGGCUAUGUUCCCGUGUCCAAACCAAAGGAGUCACAAGCCUCAAAGAAUGUUGGAAGUAAGAGAGUGAGACAACCAGAACCAGAUUUAAAAGAUAGAUCCAACACUAGAAAUAAUGAAGAAAAUCAAGAUGUCAAUGUUCGAGAAAAUGUUGCUGAUCCUUCAAGUUUGAACGUUAGAAGGUCCUCCAGACAAAAGCAACAUGUUUCGUAUGUGGAAAAUCAUGAAGAUGAAAAUUACAACGUUCCUUCCAAAAAGCACCGGCAAAAUGAAGAAAUUUUAAGGAAUACAAGCAAAGAUGAUUGUUCAGAUGAUGAUCCUAGAAGGUUCAAAGACGAAAACUGCUCUCCAUUGAAUUCAGAUAUUCCUUCUAGUCCAGAGAUAAUUGUUUGCCCUGAUCCAGAUUUCAAUAAUUUUGAGAAAGAUAAGGCUGAGAAUUGUUUUGCUGUUAAUCAAUUAUGGGCAAUUUAUGAUACCUCCGAUGCUAUGCCAAGAUUUUAUGCUUUUGUCAAGAAAGUAGCCUCCCCUUUCAAUUUGCAGAUUACAUGGUUGGAAGCUGACCCAGAUGAGGACGACGAGGUUGAUUGGUUCAAUGCAGAUUUGCCUAUUGCUUGUGGUAAAUUCAAACUUGCUAAUUCUCAGAAAACUGCAGACAUUGGUAUGUUCUCUCACCAGAUUCAGUGUAUAAAAGGAAAUGACAAAAAUUCUUACCUAGUGUUUCCCAACAAGGGAGAAACUUGGGCAAUUUUCAGCAACUGGGAUAUCGAAUGGAGUUCUAAUCCAGAAAAUUUUCUGAAGCAUGAAUUUGCUUUUGUGGAAAUCUUAUCAGAUUUUUCUGAAAAUGUUGGCAUUGUAGUAGCUUGCCUAGGCAAAGUGGAAGGCUUUACAAGUCUCUAUGAGAAAACUGGAAAGAAUGGAGAGAACACAUUUUGUGUUCUGCCAAAAGAGCUAUAUAGAUUCUCACAUCAAGUUCCUUCAUAUAAGAUGACCGGUGAUGAAAGGGAAGGUGUUCCAAAAGGAUGUUUUGAACUUGAUCCUGCAGCUCUGCCAGCUAACAUCUUUGAAGCUGCUGAUGCAUGGAAGUGA